GUUCGCGCUCCUCAUGAAUGGGCGGGAAAAGCAUGGCGGCUGCGGAUGUGGUAGAGGUGGUGGGCGUGGGGGAGGUGGAGGUGCGCCCACAGCUGGCUUCAUUAACACUUGUGCUUUCGGCGCAGAAGAACAGCCUGGAACUAUGUCGAGCUUCUGUGGACAAACGACGGCCCUACGUUUAUCAGACGCUCUACAACAACAAGGCCGAGGCGGAAGGCGUGACAGAAGAGGAAGAGGUGCAGACAGGCGAGAAUGGCGAGGUCCUGCUUGCGGUGUUUGUGACAGCCAUCUUGCCCGCCGAGGUGGCACGACCCGCUGCCAACACGCUCGCGGAAAAGCUUGCCUCGACUGUAAACGUUCAGAAGCUAGUCUACCGGCACUCCUCCACUUCCCUGUCGGAGGCCAGGGUGAAGGCAGGGCGGCGGGCGGCAGAGGAGGCGAGGCAGAGGGCGGCAGACAUGGCAGCUGCAGUUGGAGGGAUGCUCGGCCCCUGUCUCACGGUGGUCGAAGACAAAUGCACUCACCUUGCCACCACCCAUGACAGGAGCGAGUCAUGGAUGGUUGACACAGGGCUUAAGCACCAGGAAACACAUGCUCUUACUCCAAUCAUUAUCCAGAGUACCGUGAGAGUCAAGUUCUCGCUACUAUCCUACGGGGUUCCAAAGUCAAAGAAAAGCUAAUGGUAAAGUUUUGAUAGGAUUCCUAGCAAUAAACAUGUCACCUUAUAAUUCAAUUUAUAGUAUUUUUUGCAAGAUUUUAGCUUUACCGGCAUGGCACUUGUUUGUGCUAGGAGAUGCUUCCAUAUCUCAAAAAAAUAGGACAGAAAGACAAAAAGGGCUUUGGUAAUUAUGAAUGGAUACAGUUUGCAUUAUAGAGAUGAGUUUGUGAAAUAUAUAAUGAUUUCAAAAAAAUAAAUAACUUGUGAAAAGGUAAUAAAAGA